AUGGCCCCUCUGGUUGAAGCUAUUUCCAACACCAACACGGACGGCACGGCUAACAACGCAAUAUCACUACUUUCGACACCAUCCAGAAAUAUAAAGGAUCAUGACAUUUAUCCACAGUACAGCGAACGUUCGAAAGAAAAUGUCACAUCCGCAAAAGCUGUAAUAUCUUGCUCACCGUCAAGAUCCCCUGGACUUAUUCAUCGUAUAUCAGCUCAAGAGAAGCCAGUUAUAUCUUUAAUUACUGCCAUUCCUCCUUCAAUAUCAAACCUAUCAUCAUCUGCUUUAACAACCCCUUCGACCGCAGCAUCUUCCUCAAUGACCGUUGGAUUAAUCAGUGGGGGGCCGAAACCUAAUAGUCCUGCUAUCAUGGAUGAAAAACAACCAAAGUUACCUAACAUAUCAUCAGCUGUGGGUGAGCAGCUAAAUGCUUCGAAUGGGCAUCUUCCCAGCCUAGCACCUUCGUCUACCCAUGGUAGCAGUGCUUUCCCAAGUUUUCACCAUCAUCAUCACCAUCAUCGUCCAUCAUCAUCAUUUCUUCAACCGGGGUGUAAUCCGCCGUCACAGCCUAUGAAGUCUCCAUUCCCGUCCCCUGACGCAAUGUCGAGCCGUAGAGAAGAGUUUCUACCUCGUCCGUUUAGCUACACAACCCCAACAGCCCUUCAGCAUAGUCCCUCUAUGCCUUUUAGUGAAGGUAGUGAACUAGACGAAGACGGCCGCUCGCGGAAGCGUUAUGGCCGACCUCCCGGGGCCAAAGACAAACGGCCUCGCAGGAGACGGACAAAAGCACAAAUGGAGGAAGAUGCAUUAAUCUAUGGUUACAGGGACUCUGAAUCUGUUUAUCAUUCUCCAAAUUCUCUUAAGAGAAGAAGACUCAGUCCACGGCGAGACUCUCUCGACGACUCUCCGCAGGAAGAUAGUAAUAGCCCGCCACCUCAACCUGUGUACACGUAUCCAGCCUUCAAUCCGUUUCCCGGGGCCCAGCCAACCUCUCAUCAAAGUCCUACAACUAACUUCAAUCCCUUUUUACAUCGUCAUCAUCUUCCAGUGUCUUCUGGGAAUGCGGCACCAGCGCUUCCUGCUCUUCAGAAUAACUCCAAUCUAUCAUCUUCCCGACAUGGAUCUGACCCCGUUUGGCCACCUAGAGCUGCAGAGCCUGAUAGGAUUCCUAGUGUGUCGAUUCCUGAUUCUAGACCUGGAGCAGGUGAUUUUGGGCCUUCAAGAUACCCACCUUCGCCCGUUGGCCCAAGUGGAUUUUCUUCUAUUAACGCUAGGAGAAGCUCUGAGAAUUUGAGACAGCCGUUAUCUUUCCAUGGCGAACAAUCUGAGUCCCGUGGUCGUGAUCUUGCACCCCACCACUCACCUAUCUCUCAGGAGCAAGGAAGAGAGCCAGUCAUCAAAUGGGAACACCCAUCCUCUUCGCAAAACACACUACCCAGGCUUGGGGAACUCCCUCGCCUCACCGAUAUUCAACUAGACAGACCAAGGUGGGACAGGCCGGACGACCUUUCUCGGAAACAGGAUUUUGAUCGGCGAGCUGGGGGCCAUGAAAAUAAACUGCCCUCUAUUCCUCCUUUGCAUACAGGUCAUAUCUUAAACGGCCCCCCUCAUGCAGACAUAAACGCAACCCAACGAGGGUCGGGGAGCCCAGGCAGCUCCCGGCCCCAAUUUCCAGAUAUCUUGAGGACCGCCCCAGAGCCGCUCGCCGCCGGAGGAGAUCGUCUACUCAUUCGAGAAGGCCGAGCUGGCAGCAUCACAAAUAUCUCUGUUGGGCCGCCUCUCGAAGCCGAGACCCCAAAGAGAGAUGAAGAAGACACCGACGAACAGAUAGAGGAGUACCGGGCGCGAAUGCUCGAGAAACACAGUUCUUAUUAUAACGGUACAUCGGGAAAGCCCAGGGUAAAACGGGAACCCAGCUAUGCCAUGCCCAGUAAAUCGCCACUCCAGGAAGAAAACGAACGCCUCCGGGCAGCCAUCCAGAGAUACCGGCAGCAAAAAGGUAUAGAAAGGCUCAAACUCGAAGAAUUCAUCAAUAAGCGUUGCAACGGGGACCAGGGAAUGAUCAAGGAGCUAUUAACAAUCACUGGACACAUCGCCGAAGACGACUAUGUUGGCCCCGUGAAACCUGCAUGUCUAUAA